AGGCUUCCGUAGAACGUAGCGCAUGCGCACUGCUCGUUUAUUCGGACGUGUUGUGCUCAGUAUAGCAAAACACUGUAGUUUGUGUACCUCGAUAACACGAUGAAAGGCAGAUUCAAUACAGUGGAUAUUAGGGCAGUGAUUGCCGAGCUCAAUGCCAACUAUGUGGGGAUGCGAGUGUACAAUGUCUACGACAUUGACAGCAAGACCUACCUCAUUCGACUACAGAAGCCGGACAGCAAAGCCGUCUUGUUGAUCGAGUCUGGCAUACGGAUUCACUCCACAGACUUUGAGUGGCCCAAAAAUCUCAUGCCCUCUGGUUUUGCUAUGAAAUGCAGAAAACACCUGAAGUCCAGGAGACUGGUACAUAUAAAACAACUUGGUGUGGACAGGAUUGUGGACUUUCAGUUUGGCUCUGAAGAGGCUGCAUACCACCUUAUAGUUGAGUUGUAUGACAGGGGGAACAUAAUCCUGACAGAUCAUGAGUAUACCAUACUGAACCUGCUUCGCUUUCGUACUGCUGAGGCAGAGGAUGUGAAAAUUGCAGUGAGAGAAAGAUACCCGAUUGAGAAUGCAAGGCCUCCUGAACCCCUUAUCAGCCUGGAGAGGCUUAAAGAUAUUUUAUCCAAAGCGCAGAGUGGAGAGCAAAUAAAAAGGAUUCUAAAUCCCCACCUUCCAUAUGGAGGCACUCUUAUUGAACACUGCCUUAUAGAAGUUGGUUUUCCUGGUCUUUUAAAAAUGGAUCAUCAGUUUAACAUGACAGAAGCUGGACCAAAACUUCUGGAGGCUUUGCAGAUGGCAGAGAGCUAUAUGGAGAAAGCAGCCAACUUUAAUGGAAAGGGUUACAUCAUUCAGAAAACUGAAAAAAAGCCAAGCAUGAUGCCAGACAAACCACAGGAAGAGUUGCUCACGUAUGAGGAAUUUCACCCAUUUUUCUUUUCCCAACACUCAAAGAGCCCAUAUGUUGAGUUUGAGUCAUUUGAUAAGGCUAUUGAUGAGUUUUUCUCCAAGAUGGAGAGUCAGAAGAUUGAUAUGAAAGCACUUCAGCAGGAGAAACAAGCCAUGAAAAAGCUUGAGAAUGUGAGAAAGGAUCACGAACAAAGGUUGGAGGCUCUACAUCAGGCCCAGGAGGUGGACCGUUUUAAGGGCGAGUUGUUGGAAAUGAAUCUUCCCAUUGUAGAGCGAGCUAUUCAGGUGGUGCGCAGUGCUCUGGCUAAUCAGGUAGACUGGGCUGAGAUCAGCCUAAUUGUCAAAGAAGCUCAAGCAGCCGGAGAUCCUGUGGCAUGUGCAAUUAAAGAGCUGAAACUACAAACCAACCACAUCACUAUGCUACUGAAGAAUCCAUAUAUUGGCCCAGAGGAAAUAGAGGAAGAGGAAGAAAUCUCAGAAGAUAGUAAAGAUGGUUCUGGGCAGCCAAAGGGGAAGAAAAAUAAGAAUAAAGACAAAGGACAGAAGAGCAAGAUCCAGAAGAAUAAACCCAUUCUGGUGGAUGUGGAUCUUGGUUUAUCUGCUUAUGCCAAUUCAAAAAAAUAUUAUGACCACAAGCGGAAUGCCGCCAAAAAGGAGCAGAAAACAGUUGAGGCAGCAGAGAAGGCCUUUAAGUCUGCUGAGAAAAAGACCAAGCAAACCCUUAAAGAAGUCCAGACAGUGACAACAAUUCAGAAAGCCAGAAAAGUCUUCUGGUUUGAAAAGUUCCUGUGGUUCAUUAGCUCAGAGAAUUACCUUAUCAUCGCUGGACGGGAUCAGCAGCAGAAUGAGAUGAUAGUUAAACGUUACCUGCGACCAGGGGACAUCUACAUCCAUGCUGAUCUUCAUGGAGCCACAAGCUGCGUCAUCAAGAAUCCGUCCGGUGAGCUUGUUCCCCCACGCACACUAACAGAGGCUGGAACAAUGUCUGUGUGCUACAGUGCUGCUUGGGAUGCCAAAGUGAUCACGAGUGCUUGGUGGGUCCAUCAUAACCAGGUGUCCAAAACUGCACCAACAGGAGAGUACUUAACAACAGGAAGUUUUAUGAUUAGAGGGAAGAAGAAUUUCUUACCCCCUUCAUAUCUUAUUAUGGGCUUUGGUUUUCUCUUUAAAGUGGAUGAGCAGUGUGUGUUUAGACACCGGGGAGAGAGGAAGGUUAAAACUCUGGAGGAGGAAGUGGAAGACAUGAGCUCUAGUACUGCAGAGCUUUUAGAGGAGGGAGAGGAGCUGUUUGGAGAAGACAGUGCAAAUGAAGGAGAGGCUGAGGGAGAAGACAUGUCAGAGGAGGAUGGCAGAAUGGAAGUAGAUGAAGAUGUGCUACAAAGAGUGGAAGAAGAAGAGAACACUGAAGCUAAUGAGGAGCAGGCAAGUGAAAUCCAGCUUGAGACACUGAAGCUGGAGGAGGAGGUGUGUGAACAGAAAGGAGCAAAGGGGAUUGAUGAAGAGGUUAAGAGUGAGGAGGAGAGUACUGACCUCAGUUUUCCAGACACCACAAUCCUGCUAACGCACCUUCAGUCCAACAGGGGAAUCGCCAGCGCUGGUUUCAAACAAGAAGUUUCAACACGGGACAACACAGUGCAACAAGGCAAAAAGUACAUGAGUGCAAAGCAGAGAAGGGAUAUGAAGAAGAAGCAGAAACAGGGGAGCAGUGAACAUCCAGAAGAACCUGAGAUGAAAAAAGAGGAGAGCCAAAGUUCUGUAACCAACCAAAGUUCUAAGAGUGGAGGAGCUGCUCAGCCUCUGAAGAGAGGACAAAAGAACAAGCUGAAGAAAAUCAAAGACAAAUACAAAGACCAAGAUGAGGAAGACCGAGAGCUAAUGAUGAAGUUACUUGGGUCUGCAGGAUCCAAUAAAGAAGAGAAAGUGAAGAAAGGAAAGAAGGGAAAAGAGGAACCUGUGAAGAAACCUGCUCAAAAGACCAGAGUUCCAGCGACUGUAGUGAAGAAAGCUGAACAGCCUGUGGCUGACGUCAGUCAAGCAGGACAAUACAGCACAGAACAGGAUGACAAGGAUGCUGAUGAUUUGGAUCAGGAGAAUCCUGGAGCAGAGGAAUAUGAAAAUUUUCUUGACUGUCUCACCGGUCAGCCGCAUCCAGAUGAUGUGCUGCUUUUUGCAGUGCCUGUGUGUGCACCUUACACAGCUCUCUCCAAUUACAAGCACAAAGUGAAAUUGACUCCUGGGACACAGAAGAAAGGGAAAGCUGCCCGGACUGCUGUGUUCAGCUUCAUGCAUGCUAAAGAAGCCAGUGCCAGAGAGAAAGACCUGUUCCGCAGCGUUAAGGACACUGAUCUAUCAAGAAACAUGCCUGGCAAAGUGAAAGUAUCUGCUCCGAACCUUUUGGCAGCAAAGAAGAAGUAAAUAAAUGGAAUACUGGCUUUGGUUGGAGACAAUAUUCCGCUGAUUACAAAAGUGAAACCUUGGAUAGUUCACCUCCUGUAAAUGCUUGCCUUUUUGUCUAAAAAAAAAAAAAAAAAACAAAUUAUAAUAAUUCCACUCCUUUACAGUUUGUAGAGGGUGGGGAGACCUCCAAAAAUGUUCUUAUAUUGGUUAUUUUUUAGCAUAAUAUGCUUCUGCUGCAUAUUUCUCCAGUCCAUUGAUUUUUGAAAACUGAAAAAAAAAAAUUUUUAAAUAUAAAGAACAUUGGUGGCAGCAUUAAAAAGGCAUUGUUCAA